AUGUCUGCCACGAACUCGCCGAUCCCCUCGACUGACUCACAGGCUGACACCCUCCAGCCGGAGUCAACCGUGCCGUCUUCGCCUAUGACCGAUCUCAAUAUUCAAGACACGAAGUUUCCUUUGGAAGAGAUCAAUGACAAAGAUGAAGAUGUUCAGAUGGAGAGGGCCAAUGGCGGAAAUGAGCCAUCAGGGUCUGUUGAAGAUACUGAAGGGAUGGAUACAAAGUCAAAGGCCUUAAUGCAUUUGUUGAAGACCAGCUCGGUGUUCGUCGCGAUUAUGUCCGAGAAAAUGCAAAAGCAGCAGGAAGAGGCUCGUCAACAAGCGGCCAAACAGAAGAAGCCUCCCGCAGAAUCCAAGGCCAAGCCUAAUGCCGCACCCGCCGCUCGUCGCCAGACUCGGAGUCAGGCCGCGCAAGACUCCACUGCCGCGGAUAAGUCUACUGGUGAUGAAUCUUCAAUAUCUAGUAGGAGGAGAGGCCGAUCGAGAAAGAGUGCUGAGAACGGUAACACUAUCUCGAGCUACUUUCAAAAGGCCGAUGUCGACAUGACCGAAGACAAACCGACUGUGCAAGAGGCUUUGGAACAGGCCGCUGACGAUUUUGAGGCAAAUCCGACCGCUCUUGGCGAACAAGAGCUUGUGGCAACUCAGCAGCCAACGUUGGUGACAGGCGGUCGAAUGCGAAAGUAUCAGCUGGAGGGUCUUGAGUGGCUCAAAACACUAUGGAUGAACGGCCUGUGUGGUAUUCUUGCUGAUGAGAUGGGUCUUGGCAAAACAGUCCAGUCUAUCUCGAUGAUUGCUUUUUUGAAGGAAAAUAACGUUUCAGGACCAUUCCUGAUUGCGGCCCCCCCUCAGCACAUUGAGCAACUGGACGAGCGUGCAGAGAUCCGAAACAAGCAUUUGAAGAUACGCGACCAGAUGAAGAUGGAUUUCCCCAUUGUGUGUACCUCGUACGACAUUUGUAUCAAUGACCGAAAGUUUUUGGCUCAGUAUCAGUGGCGAUAUAUCAUUGUGGACGAGGGACACCGCCUCAAAAACAUGAACUGCCGUCUGAUCAAAGAACUGAUGUCCUACAACUCGGCCAACCGACUCUUGAUAACUGGUACUCCGCUUCAGAACAACAUUUCUGAGUUGUGGUCAUUGCUGCAUUUCCUUCUUCCCGACGUUUUCAAUGACUUGAACAGUUUCGAGAAGUGGUUCGACUUUUCCUCUGUUCUCGACGACAAUGGACAGGCCGAGCUCAUUGAACGACGAAAGCGAAACUUGGUCUCCACGAUGCAUUCAAUUCUUAAGCCCUUCCUUCUUCGCCGUGUCAAGACUGAUGUGGAGGACUCAUUGCCGAAGAAGCGGGAAUACAUUUUGUAUGCUCCGAUGACCCCUGAACAGAAGGAGCUCUAUCGAGAGAUCAUUAGUGGGACCGGCCGACAGUAUCUCGAAGGGAAGGCCUUGGAGCGUCUGACGGCCAAAAGUCAAAGUGUCUCACGUUCCUCGAGUCGGAAACGUCGCCGCGAAAGUGACGAGCCGGACUUCUCCAACAAGACUCACAAGUCGAGUGAGUCCUCUACUCCGACCAGAGAUACCAGUGCUCGCAGUACACCCGCCCGUCGGCGUCGUGGUAUGAAAAACUACAAGGAGGACUCCGACCGCGAGUUUGACGCCAAGCUGCGGAGACUUGAGCGCGGAAUUGAAGAUCAAGAUGAGACAGCUGAGCCUAGUGAGAAUGAGCUCGAGGAAAUCGAGCGUGCCAAAAACCUGAAGCUUGCCAAGAAGGAAAUCAGUCAGAAGAAAAUGCAAAACCCGGUCAUGCAAGCCCGUCUGGCGUGCAACUCUCCCCACAACUUUUACUGGCCUUGGACAGACGCAUCGUCUGCCGUGGAUGAGUCGCUCGUAUCAUCCUCCGGUAAAAUGCUUCUUCUUGAUCGAUUGAUCCCCUGCUUGCUCAAGAAGGGACACAAGAUCCUCAUCUUCUCCCAGUUUAAAACUCAGCUCGACAUACUGGAAGAAUGGGCCGCCGAGUUGCGUGGUUGGAAAUGCUGCCGCAUCGACGGAGCCAUCGCCCAAGCAGAUCGCCAGGAGCAGAUCGAAGCCUUUAACAAGGACAAGCAGCACAAAAUAUUCCUCCUCAGUACCCGUGCUGGUGGCCAGGGAAUCAACCUCACCGCGGCAGAUACUGUUAUUCUAUUUGAUUCCGAUUGGAACCCACAGCAGGAUCUGCAGGCUCAAGAUCGUGCUCAUCGUAUUGGUCAAACCAAGCCGGUCAUCGUCUACCGACUGGCUACCAAGGGUACUGUUGAGCAGACUCUCUUGGAAAAAGCAGAUUCCAAGCGCCGCCUCGAGCGUUUGGUCAUCCAGAAGGGGAAGUUCCGUUCCCUACUGGACCCGAGUGCCACUGCUCAGGACAUGGAGGAGCUGCGGAGGGCCCUUGGCGAAGACGAGUUCGAGCGCUUUGAAACCGGUGCCGAUCCCGAGUCUAUUUUGUCUGAUCAUGAUCUAGACACCUUGACAGAUCGCAGCGAAGAGGCUUAUCUCCGUGCCGAGAAGGGUCUCGAGCAGAGCGGCCCCGCUUUUGUUGCUGUCGAGUCCAAGCGUGAUGGUGGUGAGUCCCUGAUGGCUUGA